UUCAGACGCUCUAGAAUAUCGCAACCUAAAACAACCGGUCCCUCUUUACCAAACACAUUCGCUCCUGAUCCGACACAUCACACAGAUCCGCCACUCGCUUCGGCCACACGUACAACCACACACCUUUUCCAAGAUGAAGUUCACUCUGACUGCCCUCGUUGCCAUCAUCGGCGCCGCCUCUGCCAUCAGCGUCGACGCUGGACUUGUGAAGAGACAGUGCAUCGCUAACGGAGGUUUCUGCUUCACCAGUAUCGCCGACACCAAAAAGCCUUGCUGCGGCGGCCUCAUUUGCAAAAACAAACCCGCGCCCAACACAAACAUCUGCGAGCCCGAGGAGAGCCCCAAGGUCCAGGUUCCGCGCUCGGAGGUCGUGGAGAAGUCUGAUAUCCCUCCCGCGCCCCAGGCCCAGGCCUUGCCCCGCGCCAUGCCCCAAAUUCCCCGUGACGAACCCAUUUGGGGAUGAGUGUGUGCCGAUUAAACGGAGUCUAGAACAUAGGCUUAGCUAGGGGGUGCGGGGCGGGGGCUACGUACGGCCUUGACGGUCGGUACAUGAUCACGGUUCUACCAUUCACCAAGGUAGCUGGGCUACUUAAGAAAAGUAGGCUUAAUAUCACUUUUGAUAGCGU